UUAUCGGAGUCUUUUUAUGCCAUGGCUAUUCUUUAAAACCUCGCCGGACAGACGACAGCACCGAAAGCUCCCUUAUCUCACUUCACACAACACGGACAGUAGACUUUUAGGUCUUGGUCUCUGAUACCAUCCCGGUGACGCUCACUGCAGGGCAUAAUCCACGGGCCCUUUUCCAUCUUUAAAAAGUUUCUAUAUCCGAGGCAAACGUCGAGUUCUUCCGGGUCAAAACUAAGCGGAGUCGGAUCUCAACAAAACACUCUUGCAGCCCCAUGAUGGCGGCCUGGGCUUCUAACCUCCGCCCUCAGGUGACAACAUCUUGUCUCGUUCUUGGGGCAGUGGGUGUAUCUUUGGGGUUGAGUGUCCGCAUGUUGAUGAGCCAGAACUCGACCAAGAAGCAAAUAAUAAUACCGUCGCCAAGAGCCACCCAACUUCCACAGCUGUCCAAAGAAGAGAUUUCUUCACUUCCGUACCCACCAGAUGCUCUACCAGGCGCAAGGGACGUUGAGACCCCAUAUGGAAUCAUCAAAGUGUUCGAAUGGGGGCCCGAAGACGGCGAGAAGGUUCUUCUAUUACACGGCAUCAGCACACCCUGCCUAAGUUUGGGGAUUCUAGGAGAGGCGCUAGUGGAAAGAGGUUACAGAGUCAUGCUGUUUGACUUCUUCGGGCGCGGCUAUUCCGAUACUCCAACGGACAUCCCCUUUGACAUCCGGCUUUACUCGACGCAGAUACUCCUGGCCUUGGCAUCUUCCAAAUUGCCCUGGACCGGCGACAACGGAUUCCACCUCAUCGGUUACUCUCUAGGCGGAGGCCUGGCCGUCUCCUUCGCCAAGUACCAUUCACACAUGGUCCGAUCGUUGGUGCUCGUGGCAAGCGCAGGACUGAUCAGGUCAGAACACGUGAGCCGAAGGAGCAGGAUCCUCUACUCCGAAGGCCUGUUUCCCGAGAGUCUGGUUCGGUGGCUCGUACGUCGACGGAUCACUCCCCAGCCAGCGACAACGACGUCCGAAGCCAAGAUGGCUAGCGAGGUCGUGGCCACCACCACCACCGAACAGUCCACCAAGAAGCAUCACAAGAACAGCGAUGCCAGCGGCGGUGACUCGUUCGACAACGCGGUUCUCUCGCCCCACAGGCCCAAUAGCACGGUUUCCUCGGUGAUGGCCUGGCAGGUCCAGCAUCAGCAGGGAUUCCUCACGGCUUUUAUGAGCAGCAUCCGGCAUGCGCCCAUUUACGAGCAGCGGGAGGAUUGGAUAAAGCUCGGUCAGCUCUUGGCUGCUAGGCGAAAGGCUUCUUCUUCUGAUGCCGACGAGAGUGCAGAGGGAGCCGGAGGCCGGUUGCCGGGACUCUUGGGUGGAAAGGUCUUGCUGGUUCUUGGCUCAACGGAUCCAGUCAUCGUCAAGGAGGAACUGAUUCAUGAUGCCACGUCGGUCCUGGGUGAAGAUGGGUUUGAGGCUGUUGUGCUGGAUUGUGGACAUGAGAUCGUCAUGACGAGGGGGAAGGAAGUGGCUGGCUUGGCGGCGGGUUUUUGGUCACGGGUUUGAAGAACUAAACGCUU